AUGGUGACGCUCUGUACCUACAACGCACGUACACUUGCAUCCGAAUCCUCAAUAGAAGAGUUGCUCAUGCAGGCAAGAAGGAUAAAGUACGACGUCAUCGGCCUGGCCGAGACGAGAAGACGGCAGCUUUUCAACGCCGUCUAUGACACCGGAGAAGAAAUGUUCCUCGGAACAUGCGACAGUAGAGGGAGUCGGCGGCGCUGGCGUUCUCGUCAACACUAUAAACCGAAGGUUUUGCUAACCGAUGUCGCUGUUGUCCCAAAAUUCUACACGGGACCAGAUCAUCUUCUGCUUUGUGCAAGACUCUAUUUCUCGCGGAAAGGAGAAAAAGCCGCUAAAUUCCAAAACCGAAGUGUCGGAACCAUCAUGAACUGGGACUUAUCAACCUAUUAG